AUGCAACUACUUACCCUUUCACUCCAUUCUUUAACCUUAGCCGCUCUGGGAGCGACUAUUUAUUUAUAUUAUUAUACUGCUUUUUGUGGAUGGAAAUGGAAAGAUUCCGAGACACGGAUGCUUUUCUUGGCUGAUCCACAAAUUGAAGGGGAUUCAAAAGUAAGAAAACAAGGAAUAAGAGGAGAAAUUGAUUUGAUCGCCAAUGACAUUUUUAUUCGACAUGUAUAUACAUCAUUUGUAUCUCCAUAUUCAUUAUUCACACCAAAACCGACACAUUCAAUAAUACUUGGUGAUUUAUUUUCAAGUCAAUGGAUUAAUGAUCAAGAAUUUGAGAGAAGGGUAAAGAGAUAUAAAUGGAUAUUUGGUGAUCCUAGAGGGGAAUAUAAACAUGAAUUUAUAAAUUUAACAGGGAAUCAUGACAUUGGGUAUAGUAGAGAUAUAACAAAACAUAGGGUGGAUAGGUGGGAAAAGGAAUUUGGUAAAAUGAGUUUUAAUAGAUGGAUUCCUUCUAAAGAACAAAUCUUGUCGACCUACAACAUAGAUGAAGAUAAUAAGAAAUAUCAUAGAUUAGCCGUUAUAAAUUCUAUGAAUAUAGAUGAACGUGAACAAGAGAAUUAUCAAACACCAUUAAUUUUAUUACUGCAUAUACCAAUAUUUAAAAAAGGUGGAUUAUGUGUUGAUGGUCCAAUGACUGUAGUAGAUGAGCAUGAAUUCAUUAUAGAACAAAAUCAUCUAUCAUAUAAUGCAUCAAAAUUCAUUCUUACUAAACUCAAGCCUAAAUUUAUAUUUGCAGGACAUGAUCAUGAAGGAUGUGAUAUUACACAUGUUAUACAUAUGAAUAAUGAUGGGGAUUAUUCCUUGGAAGCUUAUAGAACUUUUGAUUUUGAAGCAAGAAAAAAAGAAUCUGGUUAUUUGGAUGGUAAAAGGACAUGGGUUAUUAGAGAAAUUACUGUUAGAUCAGUUAUGGGUGAAUUUGGAGGAAAUGCUGGAUUAUUUGAGAUUCAUAAAAAAAGAAAAGAUAAUGGAAAUGAAGUUAGAUCAAAAACAAAAAUUACAAACAAAAAGUAA